UUACAAAGUGGGAAGAGGUCUUCGAGAUCUCAAGAGUAUUAAUAGAUGGCGACAUAAACCUUGAGACGCGCUGUGUAUGUCAUAUGGAGGAUGAUACACUAAGAUAACAUGGUGUGGUGUGUCAGCAAGCUGUGACAGUAUGGCAGAUGAAGAGGACGAAGAUGUCGUUUUCGAGGGCAGUGCUAUUUACCAGCACCUACUUGACACGGGCUACACUGACUUUGCACCUUCUCAGCUGAUGACUCUACACCACAAAGAAAAUGUGAGAGAGGAUGACUUCAGUGAAAAUAAAAAGGGAACACUGGAUUCAUUGAAAGAGAAAUGGUCAAGACUUCAUCCAGCUGUUUUAGGUACAUACAUGCGAGAACUUGUUGGAUAUAAGAAAAUUGUAGAGUGUGUUACGCAGAGUAAGUUGGUGAACAAUGACGAUUGGCUGGUCCUAGAACACUUUAUGCCUGGUGGAGAGCAGCUUCAUCACACUGGCUCUUUUGCUGCUCCAUGGACCUCUUGGUAUAAGAUUGUCUUAUUCAUUGGAUUCACCUCAUUUCUUCUGAGUGUGCCGUUGGUGCUGUAUCUAGCCUGUGAAACUUGGCUCGGCUACUUGAGUUUAUCCAUUGUUUUGACGUUUCCCGGCAUUAUGAUUGUGGAAGAAACCUCUGCAUUUAUUCGUCAUCUCAUUCUUACAUAUAAUAUAAAAGAAUUUGUAUUGCUGAUGAAAGAAACGAGCACAAACGCUUCAAGAUCUGUGCGACUCCUGCAGGAGGUUGAUCUCAUCACCAAGGGUUUUGUAUUAGCUCAAGGAUCUAUCCCAGCCACAUUCAGUGAGGAGUCUGACUUUCCACAAUGUUUCAACCUUUGUUCUGCUCUCAUCUCUGCUCUAAACUCUUUGGGGCAAGUCCUGUAUCAGAACCAUCAAUACUUAGGACAGUGUAGUCCAGAGUAUCCCUGUAUGAGGCAGCUCUUUAAUAAAGUGGAAGCACCAGAUUUUAAAGGAAGUGGUUGUAACACUGAAUACAUAACUUUUUUGAAGAAAUGGGUAGCCAUCACAAAGCUUCAGCUCUCAGCUGUUUUGACAGAGCUUCUCCUGUGUGUUCAUAAGCCAUUGAUGCUAGAUAAGCUCUAUGAUAUGCGUAAUAAAUUAUUUUCAAGCAGUCAAGUUGUUGUAGUUAAGAGAGAAACCAAAUUCCUCGGGAACAAUCUUGAAUAUACCAGAUCUUUUUGGCUUCGAGACAGACAGGAAGAGGAAAAACCAACAAGCCUUGAAGAGAAGAAAAAGAAUGUGUAUAUAGCAAUACAUAGCCUGAGUUUACAUAUGCAAGCUGCAUUAUUCAGAGUACAGGACCUUGAAAAUAAGUUUGAAAGUGAAAAUGUUUCAAAUAACUUUACCCAAGACUUUGAACAAGAACAUCGUAACAAUUUACCAUCAUAUGAGUAUGUAAGGGAACAGCUGUAUGCGCUAAAAACGGAGUUAGAUUCAUGCCAAGGAUGUUUAGAAGAAGCAGAAGCAAGAGCUGACCGAAAAUAUGGUAAAAAUGACAGUGAACUGAUGCCAAAGUUGGAACACCAACACAAUACCAGUGACGAAGUGAACAAUGCUUUAUUGCACGAUGCCAAAAAGUCAGUUAUUGUGCUUAAUGACAUUGAGGAAUCUGUGAUAGAAGACGAGGUGUUUGAGGCAUAUAUUGAUGAGGAGUAUAAAGUCAAGCAGAGAGAAGAUUGUGACAAUGAUUUCUGGACAACAAAUAAUAGAAAGGAACGGCAAAUACUGAAACAACAAAAGGCACAAGGAAAGAGAGUGCUGAACGAGUUGCAGCCAAUUUUAAUAAAACGUAGGAAGAUGUGGGAACAACGGGAGAUGGCUGCAUUGAGUAGGCAGCAUACAAAAAAGGCACAGACUCUUAAGGUAGAAAGCUCUAAGGAUGAAGAAGAUAGUAAAGGUGAGUUUUUGAAUAAUUUAGAUGAUGGUAGUGUUAUGCCUGAAGCUCAAGAAGUGAGGAUGGAACAAAAAGUAUGGGAAGCGGACAUUCUGUGCAAGAGCCGUGCUACCGGCAACUAUCUACAGUCGUCUCAGUUGAAAGAUAUAAAUGGUUGUGAACCUUUACAAAAAGAUGUUGAGGAAAUAGAUAGUGAUGAAGAGAGAUUACAAGAAUACAGGAAGCUCAAGCAUGAAUUGGAUGAGGAUGAGAAAAGAAGAAUAAAAGAGGAUGAGGAAGAAGGAAGUGUGCUCAUGCCAUUUGAAAGUCAUGAAGGCUCUACAGAAUUUAAGACUUCUAACUUUGAAGAUCUAGAAUAUGAAAAUCGGUACCGAAUAGAGGAAAAACAGAUUAUACUUAUGGAAGAUGGGAGAGCAUAUAAAGAGAUUAGUGACAGUCUAUCUGACCAAGAAUAUGGAAACGAAGAGCUACACAGUCAAGAAAAGAGUGCAGAACUUCGUAGGAGUGACAAUGAUAAUUUUGGUACAGAUGCUUAUUCCUAUCUCAAGUUUGGUCUUGUGAAUCAUGAUGCUGUAACUUGUGCUGCAUUACAGGAAGGUGAAAGUGAAACAUUGAUGACCGAAUUCAAAUCUGAACCCGUUGGGGAAACGAAAACUUCAAUUUAUAAAUUAGAUGAAAAAAUGGAUGAAGAGUUUAUCCAUAAUGAAGAAAUAGACCAGGACAAUUCUCCCCAUAUAGACUGGAGCAUCAUCACUGUUCCUAAUCGACAAACAGAAACCUUAGAUGAGCGUAUGCAGCUGUUUUCUGAUGGUCAAAAUAUUGGUUUUCAUGCAGAGGUUGCAGCCGAGGCACAAGCAGCUUCUAAAAAAUUCUGGGCAGCAUCAUCUAACUUAAGUCAAAUGUUUAAGGCAGUGGGAGAAGGUGAAGAAGUCUUUGGAAGUGAUACAGAUGAUGAUGAAUGAAUAGUGGAUUUGCUAUGUUUAGCCUGCAGGGCUUUGUUUUAUGAUAUUAGAUAAGGAUUACAUAUACUGUAAUUGACAUGGAAAGUCAAUUUUCUACAUGUUCAAAGUUUAUAAUAGUAAAUCAAACACUUGUACCAUUAGUCAGUUACUUAUUAGGAACAUAUAUUUGCCUUAAGAAUAGAACAUUCAACCUUGUAAUAAUUGCUGAAGAGCCUAAUAGCUGACAAGAUAAAACAAAUGCCUACUUGCUAUUGCAAUGAAUUAUAAAAAGAGCUUGAGUCCUAAAGCAUUUUCUUUAUUCUUUGCAGUUUUUAUUCACUGAUGUAUAUAUUGAGUCGAGUUUUUAGUGUGACUUAAUGAAAUUAAAUAUAUUUUCUUAACUUAUAA